AAUUGGUUUCAUCAUUAGAUGAUGUUUUUUUCUUCUUCUUCAAAUAGCUUUUGAGCUUUGCAAACUUUAAAACGAAUACUUACAAUAUGUUUACAUAUAUAUUUUUAAGUAGGUCUAUUUAGUGUAACGGUGUAGUAGCCAAAGUCAUUGUUACAAGCCUGUUUCAGAGGGUUUUUUUUUUAAAGAAAACAUCAGUGAUUAUUAUUUAUUUUGUUAUUUGCUUUUCUCGUUGGAAUUACCGUUUGGAUUUAUAGUUCCAGUUAGCCUACAUGCAAUUUUCACCGUGCGCACUCUUGGAUAUUUGGAAGAUCUUCUCAAACGGAUUACCACAUUCUGCAGCGAAACAAACGUUGAACUCCAAGAGAAUGGAUGUAUAUAGCCUAUGCAUUGGCCUCUGAGAAGUGACUUGGUUCGGACCUAUAUAGUUGGGGGGACCCUAUCAUUGGCAACAACUGACUUUCUGGAUGCGCCACUCUCAUCUACAGGCUGGGCAUACACACCUAAAUUGGAUCUCAACUCUUUUUUUGCGUGCAUAUGGAAUGACGUUUGCUUGGAGAGGAAUAUCAUAACGCAGCAUCUGUUUGGGGAUGGAUGGCAAUACCCUAGAACAGCAAGCGCCGAAUCGAGGAUCUGCUGAGAGUACAAGUUUCUCUUCUACUUUGGAUGCACGCAGCGCUGGCCGGCCACAACAAGGUGACCAUGGGGGUUUUCAAGACCCAUCUAACACUUUUGGCGGUGUUAGUCAGUGUAUUAAAAGUGCGGAGUGACCCACCCAGCAUCAUUGCAGAAGAAGACGAGUUUGUUGUUGGACUGCACUCGAGAUUCAACAUCAGUUGCACGGGGAAGAACCGACAGGUGGUAUGGGCAGACCCUUUACCUGACGGCGUCGUCGUUUAUCCUUACUAUCACACCGCAACUUUGCUAAUCGGCGACGCUGAGGCCUCUCAUACUGGAUAUUACUCAUGUGUUUACCUCCCGCAAAACGGCGAGCCUGUGCACGAGGCCGCAGAAGAGGAAAUGGCGGAAAUCUACAUCUUUGUGCCAGACCCCACCGUUCCAUUUGUACCGCCGGAGGAGCACACCGAAGCAACCGGCGACUUGAUUCCUUGCCGUGUCACAGACCCCCGCUCCCAUGUCAUGCUCAAAACCUUACCAAGUGACACCGAGCUUCAAGCACCGUAUGACAACAGAAAUGGAUUCUUUGGCAAUUUCUCAGAAGGAACUUAUGUUUGUGAGACCAUUAGCAAGGGUGUGAUCUACGAUCAGGUCUACACUGUGGUUGAAAGGAAACAGGUUGUGGUGAGGCAAGAUUUCACCGUGACGCUGAAGGCCAGCGAGGAGACGGUGAUGGCUGGGGAUGCUUUUAACAUCACCUGCACGGCCCCCCUGGGACCCCAGUACCAGCAGCAGUGGCUCCAUCCACGAAAACAGGCCGUGGAUGCGGAUGAGCUGAAGCAGAUCGUGGGGGAUCAGGUGCUGUACAUCCUCAGUGUGCGUUCCGCAUCGGCCUACGACGGUGGCGUCUACGAGUGCUCCAUCACCAACACCCUCACCGGCCAGACCCGCAGCCGACAAGUGGCUCUCGCCGUGCACGAAGAGAAGUCUUUCGUGUCGCUGGUCCACAGUGGCAUCGGCGUGGUGGAGAUGUUCACGCUCCUGGAGGACACGGAGUUCACCAUCUUCAUAGACUCGCACCCGGAGCCCACGCUGCUGUGGAGGAAAGACGGCCUCCCCCUGGAGAAGAGCACCUUCCUCUAUGCCCUCAACAGCCACGUCCUGGGACACCGGUAUCAGAGUAUUUUAAACCUGAAGCACCCCACGGAGCAGGACAGUGGGAAGUACACUCUGACAGCCACCACUGGACAGAAGGAGGCCCACUUCUCCUUCCAGCUCAGAGUUAGAGCUCCCAGCACGCUGCUGCCCCAGUCAGCGUCUCAGGUGCCCGUGCUGUUGCCCAUGCGCGACGAGAUGGUGGUGACGCUCGGCUCCUCCUUCCGCCUGACCUGCCGGGGCGUGGCCGAGCUGCUCUGGAGCACGCCCAGCGAGCAGACGCCGCACGAGUGGACGGUGGACGACAAGGGCGGCCUCUUCAUCAGCACCAUCACCAUGGAGAACGCCACGGCCACCGACUCCGGCGAGUACAUCUGCAGCUACAAGGGGGUCAACCAGACCGAGGAGGAGGAGGAGGAGGAGGGCAGCAUCAUAUAUGUCUUUGUGCCAGACCCUGAGGUGCUGUUCCUGCCCUCCAUGGACCCGCUGGCCAUGCACGUGAUAACGUACCACGAGGAGAUGGAGAUCCCCUGCCGCGUGUCCGACCCCACGGCCAACGUCACCCUGCUGAACGUGGAGACGGGCCAGGAGGUGCGCGCCCACUACGACCCCAAGAGGGGCUUCCUGGGCCUCUUCAGCACCGGCCCGUACGCCUGCAGGGCGCUGCUCCACGGACAGGAGUACCGCAGCGAGGACUACAUCGUACACGGAUGGGCAGAUGACUCCGGAGCCUCUGAGCUGCAGGUGGAGCUGGAGGCCAAGAGGACGGCUCUCUUCGUGGGGGAGACGCUCACCGUCAACUGCAUCGCCAAGGGCAAGGAGAUUCUGGAUGACCACUGGAAAUACCCUGGCAGAAUGUUUGGUCGUGGCGUUAAGACGGUGCGUGAGAACAGGAGAGAGCAGACCAUCAACUACUCCCUGCAAAUAGCCGAUGUCACGCUGAAGGACAGCGGCGUCUACGCCUGCUCCAUCACCGACAUCGCGAGCAACGAGAGCCAAACCAAGGAGCUAACCGUCACUGUUUACGAGACCCCGUUUGUUACCAUGGUACCCAGCUUCACACACACCGAGCUGGCGGAACUGGAUGAGGUGCGCGAGUUCAGUGUUGACAUCGACGCUUUCCCGGACGUCAAAGUCAUCUGGCAAAAAGAUGGCGUCGCUGUAGGGGACAACGCGGCCGAGAUGACCUCCACCUUCCGUCAGAUGGGCGAGACCAAGUACCGCAGCGUUCUGACGCUGAUCCGUGCGAAGGCUGAGGACAGUGGGAACUACACGGUCACGGCCGAGGCCAUGAACUUGAGUGCCCGCUACAGCUUCGCCCUGCAAGUCAAAGUCCCUGCCGUGAUCAUUGAGAUGACGGACCUCCACCACGGCUCUGCGGCGGGCCAGUCGGUGGUGUGCAUCGCCGAAGGGGAGCCCCUGCCAGACGUGGACUGGUACAUCUGCAGGAACAUCAAACACUGUGCCAAUGACUCCACCCAGUGGUCACUGCUGCCGGCCAACUCGUCUGAGGUCAGUGUGGAGACCCACGUCAACCAGGACAUGCAGCUGGAGAGCCAGGUGAUCUUCGGCCAUCUGGAGAGCACGCUGGCCGUACGCUGCAUGGCCCGCAACGACAUGGCCGCCGUGGCCCGCGAGGUCAAGCUGGUGGCUAGCGGUCCUCACUCGGAGCUGACUGUGGCAGCUGCUGUGCUGGUGCUGCUGGUCAUUGUCAUCAUCUCACUCAUUGUGCUGGUCAUUAUCUGGAAACAGAAGCCUCGCUAUGAGAUCAGGUGGAGGGUGAUUGAGUCUGUGAGUCCGGAUGGCCAUGAGUACAUCUAUGUGGACCCCAUGCAGCUUCCCUAUGACUCGCGCUGGGAGUUCCCUCGCGAUGGAUUGGUUCUUGGUCGUGUCCUGGGCUCGGGGGCGUUCGGUAAGGUGGUGGAGGGCACUGCCUAUGGCCUGAGUCGCUCACAGCCUGUCAUGAAGGUCGCCGUCAAGAUGCUCAAACCCACGGCGCGCUCCAGUGAGAAGCAGGCCCUGAUGUCAGAGCUGAAGAUCAUGACUCACCUGGGGCCACACCUCAACAUUGUCAACCUGCUCGGAUCCUGCACCAAGUCAGGGCCCAUCUACAUCAUCACCGAGUACUGUUUCUACGGCGACCUGGUCAACUACCUGCACAAGAACCGCGACAGCUUCCUGAGCAGGCACCCGGAGAAAGGCAAGAAGGAGCUGGACAUCUUUGGCAUCAACCCGGCCGACGAGAGCAGCAGGAGCUACGUGAUCCUGUCGUUUGAGGGCAAAGGGGACUACAUGGACAUGAAGCAGGCGGACACCACCCAGUACGUGCCCAUGCUGGAGAUGCGCCAGAGCUCCAAGUACUCCCACCUGCAGGGCUCCGACUACGACCACCCGCCCUCACACAAGCAGCUCAGCGAUGAAGAGGGAGAGAGCCUGCUCUCGGAGGACAGCAGUGAGGGUCUGACCACUAUGGACCUGCUCAGCUUUACCUACCAGGUGGCCCGGGGCAUGGAGUUCCUGGCCUCCAAGAACUGUGUCCAUCGCGACCUGGCAGCCAGGAACGUCCUGCUCUCUCAGGGCAAGAUCGUCAAGAUCUGCGACUUCGGCCUGGCCAGAGACAUCAUGCACGACAACAACUACGUCUCCAAAGGAAGUACGUUCCUGCCAGUCAAGUGGAUGGCUCCGGAGAGUAUCUUCGACAAUCUCUACACCACCCUCAGCGACGUCUGGUCCUACGGCAUCCUACUGUGGGAAAUCUUCUCCCUGGGUGGGACCCCUUACCCAGGUAUGGUGGUGGAUUCCAGCUUCUACAACAAGAUCAAGAGUGGCUACCGCAUGGCCAAGCCCGAGCACGCCUCCGAAGAUGUCUAUGAGAUGAUGUCGAGGUGCUGGAACAGUGAGCCAGAGAAGAGGCCGUCCUUCCUCAGCCUCAGUGACACGGUGGCCUCCCUACUACCCACAGGCUACAAGAGGAGCUACGAGCGUAUGAACCACAACUUCCUGAAGAGCGACCACCCGGCGGUGACGCGCGUGCAGAGACUGGGCAGCAGCAGCAGUAGCAGCGGGGACGAGGACGAGGACGACGCGUACAUCGGCGUCACCUACAAGAACCAGGGCAAGCUGAAGGAGCGCGAGAGCGGCUUCGACGAGCAGCGGCUGAGCUCCGACAGCGGCUACAUCAUCCCCCUGCCCGACCUGGACCCCCUGUCGGACGACGAGCACGGCAAGAGGAACCGACACAGCUCUCAGACGUCUGAGGAGAGCGCCAUAGAGACCGGCUCCAGCAGCUCCACCCUGGCCAAGCGCAUGGAGGGCGAGACCCUGGAGGACAUCACCCUGCUGGACGAGAUGUGUCUGGACUCCAGCGACAUGGUCGAGGACAGCUUCCUGUGAUCCCGGUACAGCCACACACCCCCACCCCCUCUCACCAAACACCACCCUCCCUCCACCACCCUCCACGACCAACCUGACCAAGGGGACGCUCUGAUCCUAAUAACAAUAGAUGUUCCCCUGCCCUCCCUCCUCUCCACCAUCCACCACCAUCACUCUGCUGAACGAGAUGUGUCUCAAAUCCAGACACAUAGUGGAGGGCAGCGUCUUGUGAUCCCGGUACAGCCACCCCACCCCUCACCACCCGGCUCUUCUACCACCCUCCACUACCAUGGUGGGAUAGUCAUGGUCCUGCGAUCCUGGCCACAGGCAACGCCUCCUGCUCUCCCGGCCGUCCAGCAUCCUCCACUAGCACCCUGACCAAGGGGCAGCUGUGAUGGUCGUAUAACCCCACUAGCCGAGGAAGGAGUGUAGAGGACUGCAGAGGAAAAGACUACAGGUCGCAGAGACUACAUUUCUUCAUGAUUUCUCCUUUGACAUGACUCAUCUCCUGUUUCUUGUUUUUUUUUUUUUUAAACCAACAAACCCCCGGAUGUACGGCGUAAAUGGAAGAGAAAAAAAUGGAGGGAGGAGAAAAAAAGACAUUGUUUUUUCGUGGUGGGUGGCCACUGUGAGACUUCUUGGAAUACUUUUUUCUUUUCUUUUCCUAUUGGACUUGGACAUCGACCCCCCUACUGGGGUGAAGGACUUAUUGGAGAACGGAGGAUUGUUUUCUCGAGUUGUGGAAAAGCAAAACAAAACAAAACAAAGAAAAAGCAUGACAAAGUUGUCAGUCUGUCUCUUUCUCUUGAAUUACGUAGCUGUGCACCUCACACUUAAGAUGACACAACAGCCUAUGGACAUGUGUGUCUGCGAGCGCGUGCACGCGUGCGUGUGUGCGUGAGUCUGUGUGUGGGUAAGGCUGUGUGUUGUUUAUUGUACAGAAUUUCAGUGGGCAUUCCUUACUCAGCGAGAUAAGCAAGAGGACCUAAAGAAGACCUGAAGAAAACCACCAAAAAAAACCAACAACCAACCAACCAUACACCAAGACCUCUUUAGUAGUCCAUCAAGACUGUUAAAAACCACUAUGGACAUAUAUUUAAAGAACAAAAAAAGAACCAGUGGUAUAACUAGAUCUAUUCGACUGGAUCAUUGUGGUAUUCAGCAUGGACUGCAUUUAAACUCUCUCUUAGCCACACAGAUUUUUUUCUCCUGUUGCCAGUGACAUUCAAUAAUGACCAUUCCCUUACUUUGAAUUUUAAAAAGCACAAUCGCUGAACUAUGAAUCUAUGUUCUUUUUUUUCUAUAAGCAAUCGUAGUUGUCAACAGCAACUGAAUUUGUGCAGUCGUUUGAAUUUAUUUUUGUACUCAUUAGCACAUAUAAAUAUGUAAUAUUUUGUGAAUAUUACUGUGUGUGUGUGUGUGUGUGUGUGUGCGUGCGUGCGCGUGUGCGUGUGUGUGUGAAGAAAAUGAACUUUUAUGUAAAUGAAGAAUAUGACUAAGGCUUAUACAGUAAGUUGCAUGCACCUUUGUGACUUAGACCUUUGUAAGCAUAACCGUGAUUAUGUUCCACAAUCAAAGAACCCACUCAGCAUGUUCCUUUUCACUUCAAGGCCAAAGCCAAAGCAGAAUCCAUCUAGUGUUCCAUCAAAGAACGUUCAACUUUUCAUCUUUAAAAUCUUUCCACUCCAGGAUCUAUAGUUAGUUACUUAGUUUAUGUACUGCAAAAAAUCUAUCACAUUCAUAUUUGGCCUGUAUUUUCUGUUGUACAUCAUUGUACUUAAAACCACUGCGUUCUUCGACCAAAGUCAAUACAUGCAUUAGCUUUAUGUUAGCCUGUGCUAAACGGAAUCUCCCAUUUUGAGCAAUGGCUUCAACUGGCCAGCGUUAUAAACCAAACAAGUCAAGGUACAUACCUACCUACCUAUUGUUGUGAAUAAGCUGAAAUGUGUUCCGAUGCUGUAUGUAUGUAAAGACGUUGCAUCCUUCACCUUUAUUUGCAAGUUGUGAUGAUAAUAAUUAUGCAUUACGAUUAUAGAGAGAAGAGCCAUAGUAGUCUGUUGCUGGUUGUAAGGUAUUGGCAUACUGGAGACUGGAUGGGUGUGCUGGGUUUAGAAAAAGCUUCACUUUGAUUCCCCUGUCAUUGCCCUUUAUGAAAAAAAACCCACAAACACAGAGCAGGGAGCAGCCACCAAUCUUAAAAACAAAUAUUUUUUGAUAUAAAUUGUCCAGACAAUCUGAGCAGACUGGACUUUAGCUGUGUCCUUGCCCCCCUUUUCAGCAUGCUAGUGCCAAAGCCCACCAGGCCAAAUGACGGAGGGGGGACAAAGGGGUUAGUUGUUCGAGACCUAGGGAAUGGGAGGGCCCAGAAUUGGGUUUGCAUUACAUUGUACAUAUUGAGAGAAGUGGUCUUCCGGGUGAUUUUGUCCCGGCUUCAGCCAAACCUGUCACCCGCCAAACCUUGUCACGUUGUCAUCAGACAGACACAUGUCCCCACAAGGCCGACUGUUCAAGGUUGCUGCCCUGUUUAGUGGCAGAUCCUGUGCCUUUGUUGGGAUUCCUAUAACAUCCACAGAGAAGUAAAAACACUCUUACUGGUGUAAUUACAACACUAGUACACAAUCUUAAAUAGUGUAGAUUAUAUAGGUAUUAUAGACUUGUACCAAAUGAGGUAGAUACACGGUAAGAGUACGUCUACCUGUACUUUCCGCAACUCAAAUCCCACAACUCAAAUCAUUUACAACCUAAACUGACAUUUUUGCGAAUGACGCUGUGUGCAAACCCCUCUCAACCCUUGGUAUUCCCUGGAGUGUAAUAGAACCCAUUUGUCAUUUUGUACCGUAUAGGAGCAAAUUGAAGUUUUUGUUUUGAAAGAAUUUGACAGCUAUUGUUAAUAAUAUGUGCAUGCCAAUCAGGGGCCUACCCAGGCUCACCAGGCUGAACCUGCUAGGGACCAGUGUCCUGUCUUGAGUGUGGUGUAAAUGGAAUAAGAUGGUGUAGCCUUCUAUAUAUGUGUAUUUUGCUUAAGUGUGAAUAUCCCCGUUUGAGAUUCCCAGCUAUGUCACUGCCCGACUCUGUUUUUUUUUUUUGUCCCUACUGUUGACUGUGAUAUCUCCUCGCAGUGAUUCUCCACGCUGUUGCACUUUUCCAGACCCCUCUAGGUUGACACCCUUUUGGCUAAAGCUUUUGUUUUGGAAUGGAGGACUUUUUUGUGCAUUUGUUUAAUGUCUGCUUCUGUGGCGACAGUGACGUGAAUGUUAAAGUUGUGGGGAAAGGCUGAGAGGGUGCGAAAGUAUGAAGUAUAUUCCAUGGUACAGUAUCUGUAAUAAUAGAUAGUUACUCCAAAUACCAGAAGUUAUUCUCCUGAUUUGUAAUAUGCAUUAUGAUUGUGUACAUUCAGAUGAUCUAUAUUUCAAU